AUGAAUGAUGAUGUUGUGGUGGUCCUGGUGGGUGAUGAUGAUGUGGCAUUUGCCCUGGUGGGUGAUGGUGUGGUGGUGGCCCCGAUGAAUGACGAUGAUGAGGAGGUCCUUGUGGAUGAUGAUGAGGAGGUGGACCUGGUGGGUGAUGAUGAGGAGGUGGACCUGGUGGAUGAUGAUGAGGAGGUGGACCUGGUGGAUGAUGAUGUGAUGGUGGCCCUUGGUGAUGAUGGUGGUGAUCAUGAUGAUGAUAAGGUGGCCCUGGAUGAUGACUUGAUUGAUCCUCGGGAGGUCCUGGUGAUAGUUGUGGUUGGUUUUGUGGUCCACGAUUGCCUCCUAUAUUAUCAUAGUAAUUAA